GGUGACGACCGCGGCGGAGAAGGCCUGGAGGGGCUCGGCGUUCUGGAGUGGCGCUGCUUGGGCCGGUGGCAGGUUGCAGACUGCUGGCGCCGCUGCUGAAGAGAACGGCGAGUGGGUUCGGCGUUUCCCGUCGGGGUCCCAGCAACGAUGAGUGCUGCCAGGGAGUCCCAUCCGCACGGGGUGAAGCGUUCAGCCUCCCCAGACGACGAUCUUGGAUCUAGCAAUUGGGAAGCAGCAGACUUAGGUAAUGAAGAAAGAAAACAAAAGUUCUUGAGACUUAUGGGUGCAGGAAAGAAAGAACACACCGGUCGUCUUGUUAUAGGAGACCACAAAUCAACAUCUCACUUCCGAACAGGGGAAGAAGACAAGAAAAUUAAUGAAGAACUGGAGUCUCAAUAUCAGCAAAGUAUGGACAGUAAAUUAUCAGGAAGAUAUCGACGACAUUGUGGACUUGGCUUCAGUGAGGUAGAAGAUCAUGAUGGAGAAGGUGAUGUGGCUGGAGAUGAUGAUGAUGAUGAUGAUUCACCUGAUCCUGAAAGUCCAGAUGACUCUGAAAGUGAUUCAGAGUCAGAGAAAGAAGAGUCUGCUGAAGAACUCCAAGCUACUGAGCACCCUGAUGAAGUAGAGGAUCCCAAAAACAAAAAAGAUGCAAAAAGCAACUAUAAAAUGAUGUUUGUUAAAUCCAGUGGUUCAUAACUCCCAAACACUUAGUCUUUGUAUUAAAAGUAAGCCUUAUUGUUAUAAUGCACAGUGGAGGACUGCUUAUAGAGCACAGACCUUUGUAUUAUAAUUUUUAAAAAGGCCCUUUUAAAUAAUUACAAAGAGUGUUUGCUUUCAGAUGCCAUGGAUUACACUUUUAUGGGCAUGACUAUAACCAUUUUUGUAAAGAGUAAGAGUUGUAUAAAAUAAGAAAUAAAUACAGUACUCAAUUUCAUUUCAUAUUAGCAUCAUCAAACUCUAAUCUCACCUUUUUACCCCUUCAGAUAGUUAUGGAGGAAACACUUUUUUGUGGUAGCUGUUUCAUCUUUUUUGUUCCUUCAUAUUUUUCUCUUAUAAGAAGUUUAAUCUGAUACUGUGAUGUGUUCAUGAAAACUACUCAGUUAUUAUACUUUGCUACAGUAGAAGUAUUCAUCAUGGGUAUUUCUGCUGCCAGUAACUAUCUAAAUUGUUUGCAAAGAUUAGGUACUUAGUUUACUCUUACUGAUUCAGCUCUACUCUUUUGGACCAAAGCAACAUGAGAGCAAAUACUUUCACACCUGUUAGGAUGGAGUUGCAACUGUCAUACAUUUGGCAUGUUAUGAUCCCAAGCAGUCUUUAUAUAAUUUGAAUUACAUUGUAUGUUAGAUUUUUGAUAAAAUUUGGCCAGUUUUUACAGAAGAAAUUAUUUCUCUGAUCAUUUGGUCCUAUCUAUUUAGGAAUAUGUAAAACUGGAAUUUUUUUUAAGGUAAUAUGUGACCAAAGUUAAUUUUCUUCCUAAGGCCUAAAUAAAGAAAAAGCAGUUUCCCAUA